AUGGCGCUCACACAAUUUGCCUUCCGGACUCUUAAGGGGAUCGGUGUGGUCAACGGUGCACCCAACUACGAGCCACUGUCGGGUUUCCAAAGACCCGAAGGAAACCUACGAUGCUGCUCCUACUCCCCCUGCGGCCGAUAUUUCGCAUGGGCUUCCCCGGAAAAGGUUAACAUCAUCGACGCUGACACGGGUGUUAUCAUCUCUUCCCUCCCCGCCGAGAACGUUUUCGAACUGGGUUUUUCGCCCAAGGGUACCUACAUCAUCACAUGGCAACGCCCUUCCAAGGAUGACAACGGUGACGCCGUCAAGAAUCUCAAGGUGUGGUUGGUCAUUGACGAGAAGGCGCUGGCGGAAGGCGUCGACAAGCAGCCGGUCGCCAGAUUCGUGCAAAAGUCUCAGACUGGUUGGAACCUGCAGUACACAUAUGAUGAGACAUUUUGUGCGAGAGUCGUUACCAAUGAGGUGCAAAUCUACGAGAGCCACGACCUGACGACGGUUUGGAAUAAAAUUCGAGUCGAGGGCGUGACGGACUUUGCGGUGUCGCCCGGGAAGAGUCACACGAUUGCAGUCUUCGUGCCGGAGAGAAAGGGACAACCAGCCGCUGUGCGAGUGUACAAUGUGCCAAACUUCACUAAUCCCAUAUCUCAGAAGAAUUUCUUCAAAGGUGACAAAGUGCAACUCAAGUGGAAUGACCACGGCUCUUCUUUGAUUGUGCUGGCACAAACCGAAGUCGACAAGACUGGCAAGAGCUACUACGGAGAGACCACACUCUACCUCCUCAGUGCUAACGGUGGCUUCGACUCAAGGAUAGAUUUGGACAAGGAGGGCCCCAUUCACGACGUUGCAUGGUCUCCGAAAUCCAACAGCUUUGCUGUGGUUUACGGCUACAUGCCAGCAAAGACUGUGAUAUUCAACUCCCGAGCCCAGCCAGUACACACCUUUCCUCUUGGACCGCGCAAUACUGUACUUUUCUCACCCCACGGACGGUUUGUUCUUGUCGCCGGUUUCGGAAAUCUUGCUGGCCAGAUGGACAUCUAUGAUCUGGAGAAAGAUUUCGCCAAGAUUUGUACCGUCGAGGCCAGUAAUGCAAGCGUGUGUGAAUGGUCUCCUGACGGCCUUCAUAUCCUGACAGCAACUACCUCGCCCAGGUUGCGAGUCGACAACGGCAUCCGUAUCUGGCAUGCGGGCGGUUCGCUGAUGUAUAACCAGGAUCUGAAUGAGCUCUAUCAUGUUUGUUGGCGACCACAAUCGGCUGAUGCAUAUCCCCUGGCUGCUAACCCGCUCGCCGACGUUCCUGCAGCGCAUAGCAGUGCCAUGGAAUAUAUGGCAGCCCGCAAGACGCCCAGUAAACCUGCCGGUGCGUACAGACCACCAGGAGCUCGUGGACAGGUCACGCCUCUAGCAUUCAAGCGCGAAGACGAAGGUGGUGCCGCAUUCGUUCGCGAGGGCAUUUCGUCAUUCUCAAGCAACAUCAAUGGCUUUGGGAAGCCUCGGCAACGGGUUGUUCCAGGUGCCGAGCCUGCCGAAGAAAAGGGACCUCUUCCUCCUGGAGCUGCUCCUGGAGGAGGGGUGAGUUUGACAGGAACUGGAGAAGGAGCAGACGGAGAACCACUGUCCAAGGCUGCUAAGAAGAAUGCCAAGAAGAGAGAAGCAAAGAAGGCGGCGGCGGCAGCCCGGGAUCAACAGCAAGGCGGUGGGCAACCCAGCAACCUCGCGCCGGAGCAACGACCACAAGGUGGAAGGGGGAAGAGCCCAAGCCGAAGUCCGGAUGGUCGUGGCCACCAGCGCAGCCGAAGUAGGAAUUAUGUGCCCGCGCCUGGUCUUGAGCCGCCCAGUGGACCGAAGAAGGAACGGAGCAGGAGCAACAGCCGACGACAGCGCGGUGAUACAAACAGCUCAACGUAUGAGCGGCACCACGGAUUUGCAAAUGGCACACCGAAAGGCCCUGCCCAGGGAGCAUCCAAUGCCAAUCAGCAAAACAAGACACCUCGCAGCAAUGCGCCGACGCAUAUCAACACAACCAUUCCUAUGCCCCCACCCCCACCUGUUCCUCAAUCGUCACAACUCCCUCCCGAAUUGGAAGUCACCUCCCCAAUGACCCCUGGUGGCAACCCCCAGGACAAGAAAAUUCGCGGCCUCCUGAAGAAGAUCCGAGCGAUAGAGGACCUCAAGAUGCGCUUCGCUGGGGGAGAAAAACUGGAAGAUACACAGAUGAGGAAGAUUCAGAGCGAGGAAGGGGUUAGGAAAGAGCUGGCGGCAUUGGGAUAUUCUGCGUGA